GAUUCAUUUCAUUUUGAACCAUCGCUUGAUUUCGGGAGGAUUAUUUCAAGUUUGGAAAGCGACUAGCUCACCUAGCACCAAUUCACAAUGGCAGUACUCCGAGUUUCAACGAUAUUCGCCCUUCUUUUCUCAAUAUGCCUUCUAUUAUCAACGACACAAGGACGACCAGCAAGGAGAGUGGACAGAUCAGCUGAAUCCGGUAGUUCUAGCAGCAGUAGCAGUAGCAGCAGCAGUAGCUCAUCCGAGGAGAUAGAUAACCGACCACAAACUGUUGCGACAACCACUACGACGACCAUGACGACGACCACCACAGCCCCGACGACGCAACCACCUACUACCACGAUGCCAGUCAUGACGACAUGCGUCAUGCGAGGUGACGGCACCCUAGACUGCCGCCCCGUGGCCAUGCCCUAGUUCAUAGUUGACCAAGUUGUCAUCGUUGGAUUUUUCAGGAGAUCGAAUGUAGGCCUGAAGUAUUGACGAAGAGAAUGAAAGACAAUUUGCCACUGAGAGAAGAUCGCUUGCCAUUUCCUGCGGAAAUUCUUGUUCAGCGUCUGCCACAAUAUGACCUUUGACCCUUGACCCGAACAUUUGCAUUUGACCUUGAACCGAUACAAGCCAAAUAUCACGAAACCCUAAAAGUUAACAGGCAUCUCUGACAGAA